UGAUUCUUCCUACUUGAUACCUUGGCGAUCUCGUGCUAUCAUGCCCGUCCGUGUCUUGAGGGGAAACGAUUCUACCGGGAAGCCGCAAGAAACUGUAGAAUCUCUGUUCCCAGGUCGAAUCAAAACAACAUCUUAAUUCCGCCUUUUUCUCUGAAAAGUACCCGGCCCUCAACUUGCAAGCUCUUUUCUUCCUGGGGGUCAUAAUGAAGUUGCAGUUCUUUAUAUAUCACUCGCAACAAAAUCCCUCUGUAAUUUGACCCUUCCAUGAUGAUCAGCCAUCUGUGUUUGUUUUAAUCUGCCAAGCUUCUUGCAUCAAUGGGGGACGUCGGGGAUGGAGGAAAGAGGCUCAUUCCCACCCCAACGAGUAGUAAUUUCCCGCGAGAUCUGUUGCAGUUGCAGCGAUUUAUGUCCGUGAAUCACUUGCCGGUGAAGGUGAAGCUGGAGGAGGGAAGCGAGGAGGACGAGGAAGAGCUAGAGCUGACACUUGGGCUCUCGAUGAACGGCCGUUUUGGGGUGGACCCAAGGGCGAAGAAGAUAAAACGAACUUCGUCGAUACCGGAAUUCAUGAAUCACAAUCCGAUUCUAAAGGAGGAAGACACGGCGAUCGGGAUACCAAUGGGGUGUGGUACUAGUUCGCUGGUGAGGACAUGCUCACUGCCGACGGCGACGGAAGAAGAGUGGCGGAGGAGGAAGGAGUUGCAGACACUCAGGAGACUGGAGGCAAGGAGGAAGCGGUCGGAGAAGCAGAGGAACUUGAGGGCCGUUAGGGAACGAAAUCGAGAAGACGACGUCGUCGUUGAGCGGGAUGCUACUGCGACGUUGAGUGAUUUCACCGCCUCGAGAACGACGUCGUUGGGCAGUGGGUUGCCGCCAACUUGUCCUCCGUCGUUGUCCAAGACCUCCAAUGGGUCAGAUGGGAUCUCAGAAUCCGAGAGUCAACCGGCUUCAGGAACAAAAUCCCCUGAUGCUAGAAUCUCUAACAGGACUAACUCAUCUCUAGAUGGCGAACAGAAGUCAACAGUCACCUCAGGAACACUGAUUACCGAAAAAUCAGGCAAGACUAGUGCUGUUACAUUGAGGAACCAGGAUAACAACCUUUUAUUACCAGAAAAGGGGACCAAAGAUAUGAUGAAGAAUAUGUUUGAAGAUAUGCCUUGUGUGUCUACGAAAGGUAAGGGUCCCAAUGGAAAGAGAGUUCAAGGGUUUCUUUACCGGUACCGGAAAGGAGAGGAAGUGAGGAUACUAUGUGUUUGCCAUGGCAGUUUCCUCACCCCAGCCGAGUUCGUUAAGCACGCAGGCGGUGGUGAUGUGGAUCACCCAUUAAAGCAUAUUGUUGUGAGUCCAAGCUUUUUGUAACUUUUUAAAAUGUGAGACAGGACAAAAGAACCAGUGGUGAGUAAUCAAUAGUGUUAUUACUCUCUUGGUUUCUUUUGAAAUUUGGCUCUUUAUUUGGCUAUGGAAGUUCCCUGCAAACAUUUAAUAUCGCAAGUUUAAGAUAUUAUGGAGGGUCUGGUGCCUUUCUUCUUGUUCUCUUUUAUUGUAGCGAAAGCUAACUUCUAGUACGAGGGAACAACGUUGAUGUUAUCAUUUCCCAAGUGGCAUUCGAUUCCCUCAUGUUGCUCGUUGUUUC